AUGCCAGAGCCCGGUGCGAGCGUCCUCCUGCUCCGUGCUUGCCUGGCCCUGCUGGCCUGGCCCAUCUACCUGCUGUCCUUCCUGGGCAUGUGGGAGCCUUUCUGCAGGAAGGUCUUUUUUCCUUUCUUCUUAGAAAAGAUUGGUGCAGCUCACGAGAAGAAAUCCAAGAAGCACAAGCAGGAGCUGUUCCGUAAUUUACCCGAUUUUAGGGGCCCCUCCGGGGAGCUGAGGCUGCUGGAGAUCGGCACCGGCGGCGGCACCAACUUCCAGUUCUACCCAGCGGGCUGCAGAGUCACUUGUACCGAUAUCAACCCUCACUUCCAGGAGAGCCUCACCAAAAACAUGAAGAAGAACCAGCACCUCCACUACGAGCAGUUCCUGGUGGCCGCGGGAGAAGACCUGCACCAGGUGCCCAGUGGCUCUGUGGAUGCUGUGGUUUGCACCUUGGUGCUGUGCUCCGUGCAGAGUGUCAGCAGCACCCUGAGGGAAGUGCUCCGGGUGCUCCGGCCGGGAGGAGCUUUCUAUUUUUUGGAGCACGUGGCCGCUGAGCAUUCCAGCUGGAGGUAUUUUUGGCAGCGGGUCUGUUACCCGACUUGGAAGCUCAUCUUUGCUGGAUGCUGCCUCACGAGAGAGCUGUGGAAGAAUCUGGAAGAGGCCAAGUUCUCAGAGCUGAAGAUACAGCACAUCAGCGUGGCCAUGCCCUGGAUGCCCAUUGAGCCACACAUCGUGGGGUAUGGGGUGAAGUAA